UUGUGCAACUAAACGACGGUUCGGUAUGGAAGCCAUUUUGUACUUAAUCCCUUUCAUAAGUUCUGUGUUCAGCAUGAUGACAGAAAAUGAUAUGCCAGAAAUAUUGUGUAAAUGUUUUAAUGAAAAGGCGGAUUCGAUAACCACAAUGCCAGCAGACCUAAUUUUAUACACAUGUGUUAAUAAGUAUCUUGCAGAAACCUGGUUAGAACGCUAUCAACCGCCAAGGCUGACUGACCCUGAAACAAUCAACUGGUUAAAAUCGCUUGGUCGGAAAGUAAAAGGACAAGAAGACAACAUUCGAACAAAAAGACAAGCAGUCAGAAGAGUAAGACGGGAAAUCAGAACACUUACAGAUGCACAACGGGGAAGAUUUAUUCGAGCUGUUCAACAGCUAAAAACACGAAGAAUCGGACGAACCAACAGAUAUGAUGCUUUAGCUAGUGCACAUGAGGGGAACGCCCUUGGAUCAGCACAUGGUGGGCCAAAUUUUCCGUCAUGGCAUCGAGAAUACCUCAAACUAUUUGAAGCUGCUCUACAGGAAAUUGAUAACCAAGUUACCUUACCAUACUUUGAUAGUAGAUUGGAUUAUAACUUGCGUGACCCUAGAGAAUCAAAUUUUUGGGCCCGUAGUUUCAUGGGCGAUCACAGAGGUGUGGUAUCAAAUGGACCUUUUAGAUUUUGGCGUCAGCGUAAUGGUGCAUACUUAGAAAGAAAUGGUGGAGCAUCUGGUUCAAUGAUUUCACCAAGGGGGGUAACAAAUGUACUAUCCAGAAGAAGGAAUAUUGAUAUAUUGUCACCUUGGGCAAAUGGCAGAUAUGGUCUUGAAAACUACCAUAACGCUGUACACAUGUGGGUUGGUGGUACAAUGCUUGGAAUAAAUACAGCUCCAGGUGAUCCAGUAUUCUUUCUGCAUCACUGCUUUAUAGACUAUGUUUGGGAGGUGUUCCGACAAAGACAAAGACGACAAAGACCAAGAGUAGAUCCAGAAAGGGACUAUCCAUUUGAUAGUCGUGCUCCUCGAUCUCAGACACCAAACCGAAUUAUGGACAACCUAGGAACUGGGAAGAGGAAUAUUGAUGGGUACAACAAUGAUUACACAGAUCAAUAUUACAGAUAUGCAAGCAGUCCAAGAACAUGUCGUCAAUGUAGAACUAACCGAUACCCCAAUCUUAGAUGUGGAGACUUGCAGAGAGGACUCUGUUCUGCUAAAACCAGACCAGUGAGCGAAAGCAGAGCAAAAACUUUCCGCAAUACUAUAAAAAAUACAGAUCUAGGAAUAACGAAGACAUUUUCAUCUACAAUUACAGACAAUAGAAAGACCACAACUCGUAAAAGGAGGUCAACAGGUGAUUGGAUUGUAUAUGAAAAUUUCCUAGAGGAGAAAAAAGUCAGUGAAAUUAGGCGAAUGAAAAGAUCGACCAAUUCCACGAGGAACAGUACGAAAGAGCGAACAACUGACACAAACAACAUGGACUCUUCCAUGCAAAACUCAUUUUUACUGGAUGGCGUUCCUGAUAUUAAGCGUUGGGUAUUCAUACCAGUUAAAAUUGUUCACCGACGUCCGUCUGGUUUACUAUUUGGCUCAAAAGUGAUAAAGAAUAAAAAUAUUGUAGACAGAGUUGAUGUAUAUUCAUAUAACAACUACAUGAAUUAUACAGAUGAAGAGCAGCAAUCAGCAUAUUCUCAUAGUUUUACUUCCGGGUCAGGGGCAGACAAAGUAUAUGUUCAGGUUGACGGUAUGUCAUACAAUGGAAAGUAUGUAGAUUAUUCGAUAGUUGAUUCCAGACUCCCUGUAUCUGAAUCUGUUGCUUUCGUUGCUGUAAAAAAUCCGAAACUUAAUUCUAGCAUUUCUUACAUAUCUGCUUACGACUCACAUGGUCGGAUUUGUCGCCCAUAUUGUCAGUCGUACGAAUCGUACGGGCCAAAUUCAAACCAGGAUAGACAAUGUUCCGGGGUGGUUAACCUGACUGAAGAAGAACCUAGAAUGUAUGGUGAUGAUAUCGGCGAGGUAACACAACUACUAUAUAAGUCUGGAAAAGGAAAAGGUUUUACUAGAAGUGAUGAAAAUGUAUUUCUCAGUUUCUACUGCGACUUCCAUGAGAUUCCCUGGGGAAACUGUUAAUGAAUAAAUUUGUGAUGGUCGCAUAAUUUAUAUUGCUAAUAUUGCAAUAUAUUUUGUUCAGAAAAAACUUUGCAUUGAUACUUGAUGUAUAAAUAUAAAAAACAGUAUGCAUACAAACUUUACGUCUGAAAAAUAGUUAAAAGGUAAACAAAUAUUUCGGAAACGCAAAACCAUUUGUUUUUUUUACAAAAAAGUCAUAAACAUCACACAAACAGAACAAUCAUCUUUUCACAAAGUCCUUCAAAUCUUAUAACAAUAUCAUGAAUAUCUU